CUGCUCGCUGAAUGCGGAACUGCUGCUGCUGCUCGGAUCUGCUCGGAUGUGCUCGGGCUCCAUCUCUGCAGACAGGAGAGGAAAACACUGAAACCACCGAACACAUCAACACUCCGGACUGAGCAGCGUUUACUGACAUUAAUGAUGUUCCGCUUGCGGGCGUUGUCCGCAGUUUCGGUGGGGCUCGUUCAGCUGACCCGGCGUUACCACAGCAAUGCAGUGCGAGGGACCGGCCGGAGGAGGAUGAUGCUCGCUGCCCUCGCCGGAGUCACCGGUGUGUCUGCUAGUGCCGGGCUGCUCUGGAAAAGAGCUUAUGCUGAAGCAGGGCCGUCCGUCCAACACUCUGAGCGGCCUGAAGCAGACGGAGCUGAUUUUGUGAGGGAGGCAGACGCUGAGACGGAGUCAGAGAGGUCGAUGGAGGCCAGCAGCGGAGAGGAAGAUGCAAAUAAUGACGGAGAGGAAGGGAAAAAGAAGAAGCCACGCUCUGGAUUUCGUGACCGCAAGGUGAUGGAAUAUGAAAACAGGAUCAGAGCCUACUCAACCCCAGACAAGAUUUUCCGCUACUUUGCCACGCUGAAGGUCAUCGGUGAGCACGGAGACGCUGAAGUUUACAUGACGCCCCAGGACUUCAUACGCUCCAUCACGCCCAACGAGAAGCAGCCUGAGAGUCUCGGCCUGGAUCAGUUCAUUACGAAGCGUUUUGAUGGGAAGGACUUCUGGCAGACGGAGAAGAUCGCUCAGGAGCGGGAGAAGUUCGCAGAUGAAGACAGCAUCUUCUACUCUCUGGGAGAAUGUGGCCUGAUCUCCUUCUCUGACUACAUCUUCCUCACCACUGUGCUGUCCACUCCCCAGAGGAACUUUGAGAUCGCCUUCAAGAUGUUCGAUCUGAACGGGGACGGGGAGGUGGAUCUGGAGGAGUUUGAGCAGCCACCUUGA